UGUGUCUAAAUAUACAUUUGCUGUAAUCAAUUUGGAAAGAAUUGAAAAGAACGAAGAGAGAGAGAGAGGGGCAGAGAGAGAGAGAGAGGGAGAACAUGCCCUCGGUUCUCAGCGAGCCUCCUCUCAGAUCUUAAACUUAUUUUAAGAUUUAUCAUCUGGGUUUACUUUAUUUGGGUGGGUUUCGUCAAAAUCUGGAGGAUCUUGAAUCUUGUUGGAUUGAUCAUCAAAGGAUCGGAAGUUCUCGGAUUGAACCCGAUAAUAUCAAUUCUUAUCAGCCAUACUAUUUUGUGUCUGUCUUCUAGUUCUUCAAAAAACAAUGCAAUCCGAUCUUGGCAAGUUAUUUAUUGGUGGCAUUUCGUGGGACACUAAUGAAGAACGCCUCAAGGAGUAUUUUAGUACUUAUGGGGAGGUGUUGGAAGCUGUAAUAAUGAAAGAUCGGACCACAGGCCGUGCCCGUGGUUUUGGCUUCGUUGUUUUUGCUGAUCCUGCUGUUGCUGAGAGAGUCAUCAAGGAGAAGCAUAACAUUGAUGGCAGGAUGGUUGAGGCAAAAAAGGCAGUUCCAAGGGAUGACCAGAGCACAAUGAGUAGAAAUAGUGGUAGUAUUCAAGGUUCUCCUGGCCCUGGGCGCACAAGGAAGAUAUUUGUCGGAGGAUUAGCAUCCACAGUUACAGAGAGUGACUUUAGGAAUUACUUUGAGCAGUUUGGGACAAUUACAGAUGUGGUGGUGAUGUAUGAUCACAACACUCAGAGGCCAAGAGGCUUUGGAUUCAUCACUUAUGACUCUGAGGAUGCGGUGGACAAAGUUUUGCUUAAAACUUUCCAUGAGCUGAAUGGUAAAAUGGUUGAGGUCAAGCGUGCAGUCCCUAAAGAGUUAUCACCAGGUCCUAGUCGAAGCCCCCUUGGUGGAUAUGACUAUGGUUUCAGUAGGAUCAAUAACUUCCUCAAUGGCUACACUCAGGGAUACUCUCCAAGUCCAAGUACCAUUGGAGGUUAUGGAGUUAGAAUGGAUGAUAGAUUCAGUCCAAUUGCUGGUGGUAGAAGUGGGUUUGCCCCAUUUGGUUCUGGUUAUGGAACGGGCUUGAACUUCGAACCAGGGUUGGGCCCAAAUUAUGGGGGCAGUGGUAACUUUAAUACAAAUCUCAGCUAUGGACGGGCAAUGAACCCAUAUCACAUGGGUAAUUCAAAUAGGUUUGGUAGUCCUAAUGGAUUCAAUGGAGGAAAUGGAGGAAGCACUUCCUUUUUCAGUUCAGCAACUCGGAAUUUGUGGGGUACUGGGGGGCUUAAUUAUGGACCAACCUCCUCAAGUUCCCGCGGCUAUGUGGGAUCUGGAAGUGGAAGCGUAGGAGGAAGCUUUAGAAACAGUGGAGUUUGGGGUUCUUCUCCAAUUUCACCUCAACUUGGAGGAAAUGUUUCUAGCCAGAGUGGUAAUUUUGGCUAUGGAGGUGGUGACACCAGCUAUGGUUUGGGUGUAGGAGGACAUGGAAGAACCAGUGCGACUAGUGCUGCCCCCAUGUCAUCAUAUGCUGCGUCAAAUGGUGGCUAUGAUGGGGCUUUUGCUGACUUCUAUGGUAGUGGUUCUGUAUACGAGGACCGCACUUGGAGCACCGCAAACUCUGACCGAGAUGCUUCUGGCUCAUUUGGCUAUGGGUUUGGCAAUGGAGCAUCUGAUCCCCCACCUAAAAGUUCUCCAGGUUAUGUUGGUGGCUAUAUUGUUAACAAGAGAGACAAGUAG